ACUUCCAUGGACGGCGACAUAGAUGAGUAUAUUUCACCUAACAUCGCCACAAAGAAGUGAAGAAAUAAGUACUUAGUUGUCAAGUCGACGACCAUUAUUCUGCUUCAGCCUAAUAACUCGUUCCUAUUAUCCUUUUCUACUUCACUUGCAUAUUCCUUAAAAUCCCAUCGAUUAAACUGAAUCAUCCUCUGAAGCCACAAUUCAUUGUACAGUCCAUGGCCAAAACUACGAGGGUCUGCCACCUUCUGUUAAGGGUCCUGGCCUUUGGUGCGACCCUUUCAUCCAUCAUUGUCAUGGCUACUAGCCACGAAACAGUUAGCUUCUUCACGGUAUCCUUGGAAGCAAAGUACACCCAUUCCUCUGCCUUCAAGUACUUUGUAAUUGCCAACUCUGUAGUGGCCGUCUACGGAUUCUUGGCCUUUUUGCCCUCCGGAAGUUCUCUCUCUCAAUUCGUCAUUUUCUUUGAUAUGGUGUUCACGUUAUUACUCACCUCAAGCGUAUCUGCCGCAUUGGCUAUGGCUUAUGUAGGCAAGAAAGGAAAUAGCUAUGCUGGUUGGCUGCCACUAUGUGGUCAAGUACCCAAAUUUUGCCAUCAAGUGACAGGAGCUUUGGCCUCUGGUUUUAUUGCACUCGUUAUAUAUAUUAUUCUUCUUUUUCAUUCCAUUUACAGCAUCUUACCUCUUCUUCAAGUAGAUAAAACUUGAAAAUAGCGCUUUUAAGCUUCAGGGAAAGAGUCCUCCGCUGUUGGAUCUCAAGUGAAAAUCUCUUUCUCAUCAGUUUUGCUCUUUUCGCUAAUUUGUCUGCCUUUCUUGUAAUGUCGUCGUCGUCCCCCCGGGGAGGGGAGUCAGUUUGGUUCCUUCCCAUAUGAUAUUUGGUAACGGCUGUGGAAGUAUUUAAUAACUAAUAUAAUGCAUGUAUCAGAUGAUAUUUUGGCAGGAUACAACCUAAGAUAUCUUGUUUCUCAUACAGUAUUACGGUCAAGCUCAAAUGUUAUUACUCAAAAUAAUAGGGUAAAUGAAAAUGAAUCUGCUUACUUUGUUCA